GUUGAAAUGCUCCAAGCAUAUAAUUUUGUGAUUAAAUAUCGUUCAGAAAAAACCAACAUGAUAGCUGACACUCUAUCAAAGAAACCUGAGGUAAAUAGCAUUAGUGAAGUUCAUAUAGAUGAAGAAUUAUACGAAAGAAUAAAAGAAAAAUAUGAAGAGGAUGCCCAUUUUCAAAAAAUUUUAAAGGCACUUGAAGACCCUAAUAAAGAAAAUUCACGGUUGUGUCUUACAAAAAAAUCCAAAACACGAAUGCUCCUGUUGAAAGAACAACAUGAUAUUAGUAGGCAUUUCGGAUUCGAGAAAACAUAUGAAGGGUUGAGAAGAUAUUACUAUUGGAAAAACAUAGCUAAAGACACAAAGAAGUACAUAUGUAGCUGCGAUAGUUGUCAAUGUAACAAGGGCUCUACGCAGGCACCUGCAGGAUUGUUACAACUCUUAGAAAUACCAGCUCAACUGUGGGAGGUAAUUUCGAUAGAUUUCUGUAAGGGGUUAAAUGUAGAUUCUACUUAUAGGGGUACAACGACACAUGUGACACAUGACUUGCAUAACGAACAAAUUGGAAUCGAUGAACACAAAGCAUAUGAUUGUACUGCGGAAGGUCAUGUAAUGGCCCAACUAAGUCAAAGCCGUAUUCGUAAUAGUAGUAAUGGGCCAU